CUGGUUGGCACCGCUUCAUGAUCUACGUGACGGUGGCGGACUCGGAUGCAUUCUCUGAGACAUUCGCGAAGCUCCACGAGGACCUGCGCAGCGCUGGCAGUGACGGCGGACCGCCGCAGCCGCUUCCGUCGAUAGACGAGAUGUACAUGACGCUUCGGAAACUUCCAGGAGUCCGCAAGGCGGUGGAAAGUGAGAUCAAACGCAAUGGCGUCGCGCGGGUCAGUCAACUGCGGCAGGAACGGCAGCGACGCCGCGUUAUCCUGGACAAUCAACUUGCACACAUUCGAUUGCGUCGAGAUCAAAUGCAUAUCCAUGCAGAAGAAGUCAAACACGCCAUCGAUAUGCAGGUUGCCGCCAUGGACCACCGCGUUGCCAGUUUGCAAGCUGUAGCCUUGCGGAGGUUGCAAGUGCUGCUCUUUGAAUGCCUCGGCGAGAUUCAAAAAGCUAUUGCAAGGGCGCAGCAGCGAGUGGAAACCCAGGAGACGAGCGUCGACUUGAUGACAGCAACUUGCGAGCUCAACCACGCAUGGGCCAUCUUCUCGAAGCGGUGCGAAGAGUUCUUUAACAUCACAUCCGUGGUCGAUGUGCCGCCCAAGGUGCUCACCACGAAUGCGACGUAUGUGGAAAAUCCUGUCUUUCAGUCGUGGGUGUCGGCCCUCGCCCCAUUCUUGUCCAAGCACUUGGACUUGCCUCUAGCGCCAGCCACAUUAGCUUCCCCCGAGCUAUCUAUCACGCGAAUUUUGGCCGUCAAAUCGAGCCACGCUAGCCCAUCGAAAUGGCCGUCAAACGCCCACAACAAGACCCAUAUCAUAGUGCCACGGCACCGACAGCCGCUGGACGGCCCCGAACCAAGUGACCGCAUGUCGACGCAAUACGAGGCUCUGUAUGACUUGCUUGAGAUCGCAUCUGCCCGACAUCUAAAGCGGCCAAAGUCCAAAGGCAAGUUGAAGACCGUCCAGCCAUCGCUCUUCCCCGACGGAUUCACUUGCACCACUCCGUUGAGCUCGUCCACUAUUCGAUGGCUUCCCCAAGUUGCCCACGGGGCGUUGCAAGUGCCAACUAACGGAUGCAUCUACUACUGCCUCAACGAUUUGCAAGCCCGGCCGAGCGAUGGAUGUGGGAACAAAACACACGUGUCCCUCUCGCUCGCUCGCAUCGCCUCGCCCAACCUCCAGCAAAACGCGGCGGUUGCCCGAACGGAAGCACUCGCCGCUCGAUACGUCCCCUCGCUGUCCGGGACACCAGCAGACUCUGCCGGUCCGUUUCAAGUCGAUCACGUCUUUCCCCACGAUCAUGUUGUGCGUGCAAUCCCUCUGGAUGCAAUGGGCAGACGCCAAUCCGCUCCUACCACCAAUGGCCCCGACAGUGUCGACGAAGGAGUCGAGUCGCUGCAUUUUGCCCCUGCAAAUGUGUCGCACUUGAUCCAGUCGGCAACAUUCACCGACAUGGCCCAGAUGCUCGCCCCCGAGUCUCAAAUGAACCUUCACCUGCGAUAUCCGCCAGAAACGUUUGCGCUGCACACGCUGCAACACUUGUAUGUGGCUGUGCCCGCCACCCGACAGUCGGCGCCAACGUCGACUCCACGUGGGCGGCCGUCGACGUCGGCCUCUAGCCGCCGAAAUCCCCUCCUCGAGAGCAUUCUUUACCCGAUAUCCGCUGACGCGAUGCGAGUGCUCAUCUCGACGUACGUCAUUCGAGAUCCCAAGGUGAUGGCGGACGGUGGCAUGGCGAGCUUGUUUUCGCUCUACCGGCCAAGUUUCGGAUCCGACGCAUCGUAUUGCGUCGUUGAGAAUCCUGGUUUUUUGCGGCCCGCGCCUGCAUCCGUCAGCUCUCCUUCAGACGAUCCAUCGAUGCUCGUGGUUCAAUACACGACACAAGCUGUGCCCGCCCCUUUGCAGACUUCACGUCCCAAAGCUCCACCGUCGUCCGUGCUGGGCACGUUUUGCAGCUGGCGAUCGUGCUUGGAUGAGGCAACAGUCGGGACGACGCGGCUUUGCGAUUCCCACGCUCGCCUCGAGGCGAUGCUGACACCGGAAGAACGAGUCCAGGUUUUAGGUAGUGCCAGCCGUCAGUGUCCUGCCGCCACGGCCAUGGCCCCGGCGAUGGAAAUCCGUCAAAUCAAACACUCGAGUUCGCUGCUCGAGGAACUCCUGAACCAGCAACUUCGAACGACGUUGGAGACGUUUUUGGACAAAGUGGCGGCCGACGGAUCGAAUCGUGCGCUACUUGCCGACGUCGCUGGAGCAAUCGCCGCUCGGAUCGAUUCUCCAGGCAGAGAUGCCGCCACGAACGAAGCGUUCGACGAAAUAGAAAUGCUCGAACAAGUGCUGCAAGUAGAGCGCGCCGCGACUGACGAAGUCAGGAUGCUUGUGGCAUUGGGCGUGUAUCCGACCGCCGAGUUGGGCCUGCUGCGUCAAAAGGUAAACCAGACCCACACACCAUUGCAGGCCAGCCAGCGCAAACUCAUUUUGCUUCGCACCCGCCGACAAGAGGAAGAGGAACGACAGGUCAAGCUGAAAGGCAAGCGGCCAGGUCUUGCUGCGUCCAAGUCAUGUCCGAGUGUGUCCAAAGGCCACGAGCAAGUCUCGAAAGCCAAGAAGCGUCGGGAUAGCUCCAAGAAAUACACAGAAUAAACUCGACGCCAUGAUUA